AUGGACCCAUCUAUCAUUGAAGAUGAGGAAGUGGCGCACUGCUGUUUGGAUGGAGUAGAUGGUAGUUGUGAGAUGCAAAAGGUUCACGAGCUUUGCGACAACUUCUGCAAUAGAUACGUGACGUGCUUGAAGGGAAAGAUGCCUAUGGAUAUAGUUGGCGAUGAACGAGCAUCUUCAUCACAACCGCCAAUGUCGCCCGGCUCUACAGCCCAAUCGGCUAGUCCGAAUAUGGGUACCCCCAUGAGCCAUUUUCAACCUCCCUACGAACCACAGUCAGUUCCGCUGCCGGAAAAUAAUCGACCUAUGCAGAAUUCGAUGGAAGUGAGUAGCUUCAUUGCAUUCGCCCCACCACUGCCGUUCAAACUCAAUCAAUAA